UCUUUUACCUUCCUUCUUCGUCCGCUCAGCUCAACUCAACUCAACUCAACUCAACUAAUCACCCCAAAAUCACAAUCUGGGAUUCUGAGACUACACCCGGUGAAACGUAAUCUCCUGUGAAACCCACUCCCCAAAUUCGAUUCUACUACCUGGGUCUUCAGUUAUUCUUCUAAUCUUUCGAUUGCUUUCCAUGGGAUGGUAGUAGUCUGGGCAUCACCAAGCCCAUGAAUUUCUUUCAGAAUAUUAUCAAACCCUUCAAACGCACCUCCAAUUCAGGUCUUGAAGACGAUAUCGAGAGAAUUGCAGCUUUGGAACAGAAAGUUUUCUCCUUUCAAGUCUUAGUCUCAGCUACCAAAGAUUUCAACCCGGCCCACAAACUCGGCGAAGGUGGGUUCGGACCCGUCUUCAAGGGAAGGUUACCUGACGGGAGAGACAUAGCGGUGAAGAAGCUAUCUCAGGCUUCAAGGCAAGGGAAGAACGAGUUUGUCAACGAGGCCAAGUUGUUAGCUAAAGUCCAGCACCGGAACGUUGUUAAUCUCUGGGGUUAUUGCACGCACGGAGAUGAUAAGCUUUUGGUCUAUGAGUACGUCGCUAAUGAGAGCCUCGACAAGGUCCUCUUCAAAUCCAAUAGAAGAUCGGAGAUAGACUGGAAGCAGAGGUUUGAGAUCAUAACUGGCAUUGCUCGAGGACUGCUCUAUCUCCAUGAGGACGCACCAAACUGCAUCAUCCACAGGGACAUCAAGGCUGGCAACAUUUUGCUUGAUGAGAAAUGGGUUCCUAAGAUUGCAGAUUUUGGGAUGGCCAGGCUCUAUCAGGAAGACGCAACUCACGUCAACACCCGCGUCGCCGGCACCAAUGGUUAUAUGGCGCCGGAAUAUGUAAUGCAUGGUGUUCUAUCGGUAAAAGCAGACGUAUUCAGCUUUGGGGUUGUGGUUUUGGAGCUCAUUAGUGGCCAGAAGAACUCGAGUUUUAGUAUGAGACACCCUGACCAGACUCUUCUUGAAUGGGCAUACAAGUUAUACAAGAAAGGCAGGACGAACGAGAUACUAGACCAGGAGAUAGCAGCUUCGGCUGAUCCGGAACAAGUGAGACUCUGCGUUCAGAUUGGCCUGCUCUGUGUUCAAGGAGAUCCUCACCAGAGGCCAGCGAUGAGACGAAUAGCUAUGCUUCUCACGAGAAAACCAGGACAUCUCGAAGAACCAGAGCGUCCUGGUGUCCCCGGGUCUAGAUACGGGCGUCGAAGGCAUGGUCCUUCAGUAACAUCCUCGGUUGGUACAUUAUCGACACCUGGAUCGAGUGCAGGUUCGUUUGGUUCGAGCUUGAAGACAAACACUGGAAGCAACACAGGAAGUGGAGGAGUUACACCAGCUUCUUCUAGGACUCCGACUAGAAGUGUAGGUGGUGCGAGCUCUAGCUCAGACCCUCACGGGAAACGACCUAUGAGUUAUUAAUGUAGAUAAAAUCUUUUUACAAUUUGUUUGUAAAUUAGUAUUAUUUUUUGGCUGUGGUAGUAAGUGAUUUUAGGACAGGGCUUAGUGGUGCUGAUUCUCUUCUCAUAUAAUAAACAAAAAAUUCAUUCA